UUACUGAGGGUGUAGCGAUAAAACCAUAGAAACAGGAAGCCUCGGUUCCAUCGACGGGCACACCCUGCAUCUUCUCCUCUGCUUCCUUUGAAAGCAAACAGCAAGCACCUGGUCAGUCUCUUGACGAACUGCUGUUGACAAAACCGUAUCGACGUUCGUAACUUCAUCAUUUCUUGGCGCCUCUUUCCCACCUGGCAACUCUCCACAGCGGCAUUUCCAGAGCCAUGGCUGCCGCCGCUUCCUCCUCAGUCUUCAAGCCCACAGGGGUCCUCUCCAAAUCUUCUGUCCCGGCUCGCGUGCUAGCUCCUUUCCAUCUUAGGAUCCCAUUUCAAGGAAACCAACUUCAUCAUCUGCCGAUAUCGUGCCGCAGGCCCAUCUCUUCUCCUAGAGUUUCCGGCAUAAGAGCUGUGUCCACCAUAGAGCAAGCACAAACUGAAGUUCCUCUGGGUGUAGAAGCUCCUGUAGCCAUUGUUACUGGAGCUUCCAGGGGAAUUGGUAAGGCAACAGCAUUGGCCCUAGGAAGAGCAGGCUGCAAGGUCCUUGUGAACUAUGCAAGGUCCUCAAAAGAAGCCGAAGAGGUUUCCAGAGAGAUUGUAGAGUGUGGAGGGCAGGCCCUUACUUUUGGAGGAGAUGUUUCGAAGGAAGAGGAUGUUGAAGCUAUGAUCAAGACUGCAGUUGAUGCAUGGGGAACAAUUGACAUUUUGAUAAAUAAUGCAGGGAUAACUCGGGACACACUUUUGAUGAGAAUGAAGAAAACCCAGUGGCAAGAAGUUAUUGAUUUGAACCUUACUGGCGUAUAUCUUUGCACACAGGCGGCUGCAAAGGUCAUGAUGAAAAAGAGAAAGGGAAGAAUUAUCAAUGUAUCUUCUGUUGUUGGUCUAACGGGGAACGCAGGACAGGCCAACUAUAGCGCUGCAAAAGCUGGUGUUAUUGGAUUAACCAAGAGUGUAGCAAGGGAAUAUGCCAGCCGAAAUAUAACAGCAAAUGCUAUUGCACCUGGAUUCAUUGCAUCUGACAUGACUGCAAAACUUGGAGCUGAUAUUGAGAAAAAGAUUUUGGAGACAAUUCCUCUAGGGAGAUAUGGACAACCUGAAGAAGUUGCAGGAUUGAUCAAGUUCCUUGCUCUUAGUCCAGCAGCUAGUUAUAUCACUGGACAGGUUUUUACGAUUGAUGGAGGCAUGGUUAUGUAGUCUGCACCCACCUUCAGAAAUUGCUGGUGCUUACUGUUCCAAAGUUUGAACAUGAUGGAGCGGUGUCCUACUUUUCAUACAGGAUUUUGCUGGAAAAUUUUGAAUGCUGUUAGGACCUGUAUACAUGAUUUUUUUGCUUGAAGCUUUUGUGAGGUGGUUGAACUUU